CCUCCGUCCUCUUCCCUGUGUCCCUUCUUUUUUAACCUAAAAUUCAACCCAAAUUCACUCCAAAAUCCAAAUGAACCCCAAAUCCACCCUCAACCACUAGCUGCCUCACUCUCUUCCGUCUCUCCCUUGUUCUUCCACUUCCGCCACACACUCUCUCUCUCUCUCUACUCCCCUCCUCUCAGAAACUUCCUCAGGACCUGUCUUUCUCUCUUCGUCUGAGGUUUUUUUCAGGCUAACUGGUGGAUGAAUGACAGACUAUAGGUCGCCGCCGACUAUGAACCUUUGGUCCGAUGACAACUCCUCCGUUAUGGAGGCUUUCAUGAGCUCCGAUCUAUCCGUGCUCUGGCCUGCUCCGCCUCAGCCCCAGUCCUCUGCUUCCACUACUACUCCUGGACCCGACCCCACCAAGCCUCUUCCUCAGUCUCAGUCUUCCGCUGCUCUCUUCAAUCAAGAAACCCUUCAGCAGCGCCUUCUGGCUUUGAUUGAAGGUGCCAGAGAGAGCUGGACCUAUGCUAUCUUUUGGCAAUCGUCGUACGACUACUCCGGCGCGUCCUUGCUCGGCUGGGGCGAUGGGUACUACAAAGGGGAGGAAGAUAAAGGAAAAGGGAAGGCCAAAACGCUGUCGUCUGCGGCGGAGCAGGAGCACCGGAAGAAGGUUCUACGCGAGCUGAAUUCCCUCAUUUCUGGAUCCUCUGCCCCCAGCGACGACGCCGUGGACGAAGAAGUCACCGAUACGGAGUGGUUCUUUCUCGUUUCCAUGACUCAAUCGUUUGUCAACGGCGACGGGUUACCGGGUCAGGCCUUCUACAAUUCUACCCCUGUCUGGAUCACCGGUGGGGAGAGGCUGGCGGCUUCGACCUGCGAAAGAGCGAGACAGGGCCAGGUUUUCGGGCUUCGGACUUUGGUUUGUAUCCCAUCGGCGAAUGGGGUGGUGGAGCUGGGAUCCACUGAAUUGAUUUUCCAGAACUCGGAUCUGAUGAACAAGGUGAAAGUAUGGUUCAAUUUCAACAAUCCCGAAAUUGGUUCGUGGCCUCUCAUGACUCCUAAUGCCGAUCAAGGUGAGAACGACCCUUCCUCGCUUUGGCUUAACGAUCCGUCUUCUGGAAUUGAAAUCAGAGAUUCGACCAACGCCACUGUUCCGGCGUCCGUUCCGAGCUCGAAUAACAGUCACAACAUCCAGUCAGUUGCUAAGCCAAUGCAGUUUGAAACCCCUGUUUCGAGUACUUUAACUGAAGCACCAAGUGUUGUUCAUGUCCCGAAUACUCAAUAUGGUAACCAGCAACGGCAACCGGCACAGCAAUCGCAGAGCCAGGGGUUCUUCUCGAAGGAGUUGAACUUUUCUGAAUAUGGGUUCGACGGAAACGGCCUAAAGAACGGGAAUAUGCAUUCCUUGAAGCCGGAAUCAGGUGAAAUUUUGAACUUUGGGGAUAGCAAGAGGAACUCUUAUGGUGGGAAUGGGAAUUUCUUUACAGGACAGAGUCCAUUCGUCGCAGAAGACAACAAGAAGAGGAAGUCACCUACUUCCAAGGGUAGUAACGAUGAAGGGAUGCUCUCGUUUACUUCCGGUGUGGUUUUGCCCACUUCUAACAUGAAGUCUUCUGGCGGCGGCGGCGAUUCCGAUCACUCGGAUCUUGAAGCUUCGGUGGUGAAGGAAGCGGAUAGUAGCAGAGUGGUAGAACUAGAAAAGCGACCUCGCAAAAGAGGACGAAAGCCGGCGAAUGGCAGGGAGGAGCCUCUGAAUCACGUUGAAGCAGAGAGGCAGAGGAGAGAGAAGCUGAACCAGAGGUUCUACGCACUUCGUGCCGUAGUCCCAAACGUGUCAAAAAUGGACAAAGCAUCGCUUCUGGGCGACGCCAUAUCUUACAUCAACGAGCUCAAGUCGAAGCUCCAGAAUUUAGAAUUGAACAAUAAUGAUUUACAGAAGCAGCUGGAUUCAGUCAAGAAGGAACUCGAGCAGGCCACUAGUAAAGAUUCUCGUGCACCCCCACCAGACAAAGAACAAAAGACCUCAAACAACCAAGUAAACGGCAAGCUAAUAGAUUUAGACAUCGAUGUGAAGAUCAUAGGUUGGGAUGCAAUGAUUCGAAUCCAAUGUAGCAAGAGGAACCAUCCGGCAGCGAGAUUGAUGGCCGCUUUACAGGAGCUAGACCUGGAAGUGAACCACGCGAGUGUGUCGGUAGUGAAUGAUCUGAUGAUCCAACAAGCCACUGUAAAGAUGGGAAGUCGAUUUUACACACAGGAGCAGCUCCGGCUAGCACUUGCGUCCGAGGUUGGAGAUGUUCGAUAAGUCCUCCACAACACUGGGGAUAGGUUUUGAUUAGUGUAUCUCGUCUUCAUCCUCUUGAUGUAGGACUCCGGGACAAUUUUAAGGCUUCCCUGUAGCUGGCAAUCCCUGUAAAAUCCACUACUGUUCCAUUGUCUGUCUUUGUAUUUUUUUUGGGUAGCUAUAUCUAUUUAAUUUUGAGGUAAUUUUCCAUGGUUUAUGUGGUGGGCAAAAGUAGGUAGUUCCGAGUGAGUGAAAACUGAGUAUUUUUGUGCCAAUAUUGUCUGUCUAGAUUGUACAUAUAAUGUCAUAAACUUGAACCUCAUCAAA